CUCGACGAAAAUGGCAUUUGUUUGGCUAGUACCCCUGCCACUCCCAGCCUUGCACGGCACCGAACAUCUUGUCACUGAGUGUAUUCAUCCUCUAUCGACCUCCCAUCUUGCUCACCGGAGCAAUUGUUGUUCUGCUGUCAGGAUAUUUGAUUCACCCGUCGAGCUCGGGCUGACAACAUUGCCCGACCCUCGCAAGCCUCUCCACGAUCCUUGUGAUACUGUGGGCCAGCACGACCCUCGUAAUCCUUCCCGUGCUCCGCGAUGCUCUUUACCAGCACAAUUCCCAUCAUUCCCGCUACCCUGGCGGUUUCCUACUUCUAGACAACCAUGAAUCCAGUGAGAUUCGCGCAAAGAGUAAUUUCAACAAUAGCUAUGCAUUUACCUGGGCACUUUAGUCACGGUGAGCGGGGAUGUUCAUACCCAAGCUGAUACAGCGCUAUAUUUUGUAAAAUUGUUAUGCCAAUACCAGUAUAGCGGCUGCAUAGCCUGCUUUUGUCUCGUUCAGAACAUCAUUCAAAAC